AUGGAUUUCACUAAAUUACAGGUGAAACUAACUCGGUGUAACUGGAUGAUAUCUGUGUGGAUUUUGUUACUUUGUGAAGGACAGUCCCAGAAAUGCCCAGAAGGUCUGUAUGUACAUGGUACAGAAGGCUGUCGGCCCUGUAAUCCACCAAAGCAUUUCAUAGAAUUUGGCUCAUGCCAUGAGUGUCGUACAUGUGAACAUGAGGUCGCCCAAAGCUGCACCUCAACCUCUAAUGCAAAAUGUUCUUGCCGGCCUGGUUUUGAUUGUGCUAACCCAGAGUGUGGAAGAUGUGUGAAGCUACCACACUGUAGAGAAGGUGAAGAACUCAAAAGAGAAGGAAAUUACAAGUUUUCAUAUUUUUGCCAGCCGUGCAACAAUACUUCAUACUCUGACACUGAGAAUGGCACUUGCAAGCCGUUCAUAAAGUGCCACAGCAUUGGUUUAGAUGAGGUUUUCCCUGGUAACAGAACACACAAUGCAAAGUGUGGUAUAAUACCACCGCCAGGUAAACCUGAAAAAGAGCUCCAAACGGUUCAGAAUGUAUUCAUAUACGGAUCAGUAUUCAUUCUAAUCUGUCUGUUCAUACCGUUGGUUUUCUAUACUUGGAGGACUAAAUCUAGAGCAUCUAGAGCUAGAUACAGCAGAAAAUACAACCCUACGUUGACUCUAGAAGCAGGCCUCUUGACCAUGUCAGUUCAGGAGACCCAAGAGCUUGCAGAACGCUCUUCUCUUUAUAAUCUGAAGUGAUAUAGUUCAGCAACUGGAUCUUUGCACGACUCUCUGUUUCACCAACAGCUGGCAGCAUUUAAUAUAGGUCAUGGUGACAGACCUAUGAAUGACUUUUGGACUUACACUUCAAGACUUUGAUAAUACUUAAAGCUGUGGACAACUAUGUCUUUUAUUUUCUCUACUUGUGAUCUGAUUAUACAUUUUUGGUCAGUGAAUAACAACCUGCACACUAACACCAAACAGGAAUGGUAAUCUGGUUCCAUCAGCUUGUUUUUUUCUGUCUGUGUUCACUUAUAUAACUUAAAAAGCACAGGUCCAAUUUCUAAUUUCAUGCAAGUUCGUGGUCAUCAAAUCUCCAACCACCUGAUAAUUCCGAUGUGGGUCAGAUGCAGGAUGCAUGAUUUGUUUUCACUUUGAAUUUGUGGUCAACGAUUCCCAGGACACCGAAAUACCGGGGCACAUGGAGCUUGGUGGGCAUGUAGCCCCACUAGAAAUGCAGUUUUCGCUGUCCAUUGGGGGCCAUACAAUAAAUGAAUUUGUAUGUGUAGAUUUAGUGACUGUACACACAUCAGCCUGUAGAUGGUGGUGUUGAGCGAACGGUUGCCAGUAGGGGAUGUAGGGGAGAAAUUGGGAUAUUGAUGUUGAAAUGUACGUUCUGCUGAGAUAUAAGGCAGCACUGUCAAACACACAGUCAUAAACUGGCACGCAAACACACACA